GUUACAGUACUUUUUAUAUUUGGCUUCUUCCCUAAUAAAAUCCUAAUUUCUUAUAUAUGGCCUAUAAUUCUGCUCAUGGAUGCAUAGCAGCCACUCUCUGCAUAUGUUGUAGGAGAAGUGCCAUGUGCUUGCAACACCAUCAGUUCUUCAAUUCUAUGCACAAAUGCCUAAUAUCAGCUGCAAGAAGUUUGCGCGAGACAGUGAAAUCAUCAUUAUUAUCUCAGAAUAUUGAUAAUAAGAAGGUCAACAGCAAUGUGUUUGACCCAAAACAAGAGGUUCAUGAAUUAGCUACUAUGGACUACACUCCUGCAGGGAAGAACCCUCCCAUUCAUAAUUAAAUAUUUAAUUUUCUUUUCUUCCCUUUUCCAUUUUUGGUAGAAGAUCGAAAAAUCGCCAUCCUUGGUGAUAAAUUAAUUAAUUAUAAAGUAAAAACUCAGGUGCAGUCAACUUCACGUGAAGUUGAUAAUAUCUACAAAGUGUAAAUAACUUUCAAUAUAUUAUCCUUUUGAACUUUGUAUAUACUUAGGAAUUAGGAUGUGUACCCGGCUUCUUCCUUAUGCAAAAUAUCAAACUUAUAUUUCUUCCAUCGAGUUCCAUCCACAGAAUAAAUUCAUUUUCAUCUGA